AUGGAUAUCCGACUAUUACACCCCUCGGACAUCCCCCACGUCCAACAUGCCAACAUAACGAAUCUGCCAGAAAACUAUUUUAUGAAAUACUACCUCUACCAUGCACUCUCAUGGCCCCAGCUCUCCUACGUAGCAGUAGACGUCUCCCGGCCCAAGAAAUCCCCCUACGAUUACCCGCGCAUCGUAGGCUAUGUGCUCGCGAAAAUGGAGGAGGAUCCUCCCGAUGGAGUGCAACAUGGACAUAUCACGAGUUUGAGCGUGAUGAGGACGCAUAGGCGAUUGGGGAUUGCGGAGAAGUUGAUGAGACAAUCACAACGAGCAAUGGUCGAAACCUUCGGUGCCCAAUAUGUCAGCCUCCACGUCCGUGUCUCCAAUAAUGCCGCCCUGCGCCUCUACCGUGACACCCUUGGUUUCAAGAACGAAAAGAUUGAAUCGAAGUACUAUGCUGAUGGCGAGGAUGCUUAUAAUAUGAAGCUGGAUUUGGGGUUUGUACGAGAGCAGGUUAUGGAUGAGCAGGAUGAAGAAGCCGAGGACGCGGAUGAGGGGGAGCCCGUGGGCCAAUUGGGGAAGCAGGAGGAAGGCGAUGCCGGGAAGGAUAAGGAGAAGAAGCGAAAAGUUAGGGUGGGACGAGGACUAGGAGUAGGGGAUUUGGUGGAGAAGAACGAGAGUCAAAAGGUGUAG